UGCAGAUAACGGACCAUAUCAUUUUACGAGUGGUUUAAGAGCUUACAAAGUCUACCGUUGCUCAUUGGAUAUUUGUAUUUCGUAAGCGUUCGAUAUGUGUAUAUACCAAUAUUCCGGAUGAUUCGACAAGCUGAGAUAUAUGGAGUAAUUUGGAAUGAUAUAAAAUUAUAGCUUAGUGAAAUGUGGUAAAGAACAUUAUGGCUACAGGCUAUCGGCGAAGAUACGAGUAUCCAAUUGGAAAUUUCGAAGAAACGGAUACGGAUACGGAAUACUCUGAUUGCGACGAUUUCGUUUGUUCAGACUCUGGAAGAAGGUUGGAUGCCACGAUAUUUAACGAUUGGGAAAAUUUGUUCAAAUCUCAGAGAUCUGAAGAAAAUGAUCAGGCAGGAAAACUACUCUGUGAAAUACAAACUGAUGAAAAUAUAGCGAAGAUUUUUGGCGAAAUACGACAAAAAUAUAAAUCAACAGAUGUUAAAUGGAGUUCGUCAAAUAUUGACGAAAAGAAAGAUCAAGAAGCAGCCAGCCUCUUAAAUAGCGCUUUUGAAUCCCUUACAAUAGAUGACGAAAAAAGCGAAAGUAGUGAGGGCUGUUCAUCUUGUUCUGAAUCAAUGCCUGUGCUGGAUGUUUCACAGUUUAAAAAGGGACAACACAUUUCAAUGCCAGGUAAAUUCGGAGCAAUUUAUCAGCACCAUGCGAUUGUCUGCGACGUUAAAAGUACGUCAGGGACAGAAGCUGAAUUGGAGCUUAUACAUUUUAUGAAAAAAGAAAACAGCAUUAAGAUUUGCAAGGAGAUAAAAACAUACGACCUUAAAAACAAACAAAUUAAUUUAAAACACUACAUAAAGCAAAGGUACGAUGACCAUUUGAUCAUCAGUCGGGCAGAGACAGUUUUGCAGGAUUUUAAAAUGUCCAAGUUUGAGAAAUACAAUUUUUUAUUAUUAAACUGUGAGCACUUUGCAACUUGGUGUGUAAAUGGUGAAGAAGAAUGUUUUCAGGUACAAGGGGCUUUGCAAAUGAUUGUCGACUCUCUCUCGAAUGCACUUGGUGUUGGUAGUCGAUUGGUAAAGGCGGUUCAACAACUGGUCAUUAUGAGUACAGAUGAAAUCGCCAAGUCAAUAUGGUCAUCGAUUGUUCCAGAAAUUGUUCUCGGGGCAACUGCGGGUAUUUACUUAGUGUAUUGUCUUGCAAAAACAGCAUACCUUAUAAUGACUUACAAGAAAAACAAUCUUUGCUUGACGUGUUUGAAAAGAACAUUACUAGAUAUGUGGUUAGGGUUUUCAGUUUUUUGUUCGACAUCAGUUUUACAAUUUCUGAUUUACACUUUUGCGGCACCUGCAAUAGGAAGUGGACUUGGAAUCCCGUUGAUAUUACUGACAGUUUUGCUUUCAGUUGUGUUAAAAGUGUCUGUACACAAAAUUCUACACGACUUAAGAAAUCCAUUCGGAAACGAGAAAACUAAAAUAUCAAAGCCCUCGCAGCUAUCAAUUGCAGACAUAGUGGCCUUCAGUUACUACAAAUUAGAGCAUGUCGCAAUUGUCUCGGAUAUUUUAGAUGUGAACGAAGAGGCACAAACCGCAAAAGUCAUCUGCAUUCAUUAUGGUCUUCCUAAGUUGUUAGCAAAGAGAAAAAUUGUUGAGGAAGAAUUUGAAAUGAAUCUGGCUAAAUCAGCAUGGUACAAAUUUGACGUAGAUGAUACAACAUCUUAUUCAAGAGAAAAAAGGCUUAGUCGUGCAAAGGAAAGGGUAGGUGAGAAACGAUGGAGUACAACAAACCGUUCAGACAACUUUUGUCAUUGGGCAGUAGUUCCGAACGUGCGUUGGGAUGACUAUGCUUUGGGAGAGGUCACCGUCAAAGAAAAGAAGAACAAAUCUGUUGAACCUUUUUUGAAUACAAGUCCAGUGUACAUAGCUGAAGAGCUGAGAUUAGGCGAUGUUGUAGACUAUAAAGAAACAGGUAUACUGGUGAGGAAACAAUCAAACGUUGUUGAAGGAAAAAAGGUUGUAGAAAUAGAUUUGAUCAUUACUAAUUUUUGGCAAGGAAAACGAAAGACAUAUACAUUAGACUUGAAACGGAAUGAUAUUAAUGUUAUGUAUUACAAACCAGCUCUGUGCAUUUCUAUGCAAGACCGAGUUGAACGAGCAUUAAAUUUUGAAAGACAAGGUUAUGGAUCAUGGUGGACCAAGAAUGGAUUCAUACAAUCUUGCAUCCUAAAAAAAGAAUUUUUAGACAACUAACAUUGCGCGAAUGAAAGCUUCGCUCCGACUGCUCCCUAGUCGAAAGGUGUGUUUGGAGAGUGGUCAAAGUUAUUCAUCGAACUCAAAACCGAUGCGUGAUUAUUAAUUUUAAUGAUGAUAGUGUACCAAUGUAAUUAUGUACAGGUUUAUUUUGGAACAGGAUUCACAAACGAGUAUUCCUUUACACCAAUUUUAAAUUUGGUAUAUUCGUUGCUUAAGUGCGGAAAGCAGUGCCAGGAUAACUGAUUGAUUUAAUCUAGAAACACCUUAACUAUUACUGCGUUAAGAACUGUAUUAUGCACAUUAUCAUUAUAAUCGUCGUUAUGAGUGUACCUUAUUUUUAGUAAAUUUACAUGGUACUGUGAAGACAUAUGUCCAUGUUGAUGAUUUGUGGAUUUUCAAAAAGCGUUCGACUUUGUUAAUAGUGGACCUUUUUCAUAUAUUGUUUAUCGAAAUGGCAUUGCCGAACGAUUAUAUUCUGCACACUCAUCCCUGUACAAAUGUGUGAAAACCCGAGAUCUUUCCCCAAUAGGAGAUGUCUUAGACAACUUUGUUCCCCUUACUGUUUAAGACAUGGCUACAUGACCACUCCUAUAUACUUUUUAUUUUAAUAAAUGACUUUAUAACCCUAAAGAAUCCUUCUGCAACCUAAACAAUACAAGGGAAUACAUUUGUUCCGGACACAACACUUAUACAUUUGAAUUUUUAGCUGGCGACAUUGAUAUGCUGACGGAUACUCCGUGUGGUUUUUAACGUUUACUUACUGCUCUCGCGGCAUUUGUAAGCAUUAAAAAAGAAACAAACAUUUUCUAAUGCACAUUAUCAUGAACGAUAUGAGUGGAGGAUAUAAAUAUGUUUUCAUGUGUCGGCGUUACCUCUACGAGACAAUAAUCACUAUCAAAAUGGCAGGCGAGCAAGCAAACAAAUUGAAAGGAUGCUAGAUAUCCUUUUUAUUGUUUUGUUCAAUCAAUCACUUCACGACCAGUCCUCUAUUGGAGACUUUAAACAAACUACAAUGUACGCUUGUUUAAAAUCAAGUUAUGUGAUGAAUUUUACAAAGCCUCGUCAAUAUUCGAAAAUAGAACUGAUCUUGCGCGUUUUCGAUGUUUAUUUCAUAAGCUUUAGAUUGCAUAUUGUCGAUACUCUAAAGCUUGUGUAAGUAAUGUAAAGAUGUUGUUGAAACAGGAUAUUAUUUAUUGCUUAGCUUUAUUUUUAAUCUUGAUAUUACAAAUAUUACUUAAGAAAUUUUAUGAAAAUGCUACUUCUUACAAGUGUUAUCUGUUAAGGGAUAAUUCUAUGUAUAUAUAUAUAUAAUUUGCUAUGCAACAUAGAAAAAGAGUUCUACAAGUUUCAUAAAAAUGUUAUAACUAGUGUUUGAUAAUCAUGUUUUGUAUAUUUGUGAUGUUAUGAUUGCUUGGUAUCUGGUGAUGUUGGAAUGUGUGCCCGACCUAGGUUUUGCUUGACCACCGGUGGGUACCACUAGAUCAACUGCGCCUGUAUGGGUGGCUCUUUCUAUGACUUACUAAUGCAAGUAAUUACAGGGGGUUCUAAGUUUAUCAUUGCUAUCUGAUCGUGUAUUGUAUUUGAUUACAAUGUGUACCUAAUUUUUCGUUUUGGUUAGGUAUUUAAUGCAUGCGACACAUUUAAACGUGUUUCUUAUUGUUGUAUGUGUGCUUGUAGGUGAUCAAAAUUAGUAAAAAAUGCACUUGUUAGAUUAAUAAUAUAACAAACAAAUGAAUCAUAUCAGAAUUGAACAUUUGAAAAUCUUUUUUUGUUGUCUCUAUAAUUGAAUUUGAUACCCUUCUAACAAACCUAUUAUUAUCGAUGUUUUAUUCCUUCGCAUUUUAAGUUUUAUAAGAUAUUUACGCAUUAUAAUUCAAUUCAUGUAUAAAUACUCCUUUCAGAAAUGUAACCUUAAUUUUGAAGAAGAAACUAAUAUAUAAUGUGUUUUGAUCAGGGCUACCAGCAACUUGUUUUUUUUUUAAAUAAGGAAUAUUAAAAAGACAUAUUGUUAAGUAUAUUAUAGUAUUAUAUAUAUAUCAACUGUUUGUUAUGUUUAAAUGAAUUUUCAUGUACG